AUGGGCUCGGUCCUUGGAGGGACUACGCUUCAGCCCCUCAUCCGGGCCCAACUAACACAGCCUUUUCGGAAUGGUAGCUCUGCCUCAUCUCCCGAAAAGGCUUUUCAGGAACGGAUACAGGAAAUAAAAUCUGCCUGUGCAGACCCAUAUCCCCGGCUUGUGACGGACAACCGCACGAUCAGCUGCAAGGAGUUCCGCUCACGGUACGACGGGUUAGCCAACAAUGAUUCUGUAGAAGACACGGUCGUCCUCUCUGGUAGAAUACGUACCUACAGACUCGCAGGAAGCAAAUUGAUUUUCUUCGAUAUCGUCCAAGAUGGCCACAAAGUUCAAGUUAUGUGCAACAAACGUCAGCUCGAGGGCAUCGAACCUACCGAGUUUAAAAGAUUGUAUCGACUGCUCCGUCGUGGUGAUGCAUUCACUGUGACUGGCAACCCGCAUCGCACUGGCCGUGGCGAGCUUACUGUCAAUGCGACCCAGCUGCCUCAGCUGCUUGCGCCCUGUCUGCACGAUGUUCCGGUUCAUGAUAGCUCACAUGAAACCUCGCCUUAUCCCCGCCAUGUCCAAUUCCUGGCGGAUCCAGCGGCAGCGGAUAUCAUUCGAACAAGAUCAGUUCUGACCCAGUAUCUGCGUCAAUUCUUCGUGGAUCGUUCCUUUAUGGAAGUCAGCACACCUAUCAUUGGGUCUGUGGCAGGUGGUGCUAUUGCUCGUCCAUUCAUCACCUCUGGCACGGAGUUCCCAGAGCGCCAGCUAUCUCUGCGCAUUGCCCCAGAAUUAUGGCUGAAGCGGCUCGUCGUGGGUGGGUUUGACCGAGUAUUCGAGAUCGGCCCGUCGUUCCGCAACGAAGGAAUUGACAAAACCCAUAACCCCGAAUUCACAACCUGCGAAUUUUACCACGCCUACGCCAACCUAGAAGACCUAAUGCGCAUCACCGAAGAGCUCCUGUCCGGCAUGGCCACCCACAUUCAAACUCUCAAAACCACCCUCCAACCUGCUCAGAUCAAUUUCACCGCGCCAUUCAAGCGCAUCGACUUCAUCACUGGCAUCGAAGACGCCAUCAACCAGAAACUCCCCAACCUUGACUCCCCCGAUGCCCUCGACCAAAUCCGCACUAUCUUCCAGAACCUUUCCCUCCCUCUCCCCGAAAACGCAACCCUCCCCCGUCUCCUCGACGAACUCUGCAGCAUCUACGUUGAGCCCCAAUGCAUAGACCCAACCUUCAUCAUCAAUCCUCCUGAAUGUCUCUCCCCACUCUCGAAAUCAUUCACCCACCCUAUAAACGGCCAAUGCGUCGCAGCGCGCGGUGAACUUUUCAUUCAGGGCAAGGAGCUGGUCAAUACAUAUGAAGAGGAGAACUCGCCCUUUGAACAGCGGCGCAAGUUCGAGGACCAGUUGCGCUUCAGCCAUGCUGUUGGUGAGACUGGUGAGAUUGAUGAGAGUUACCUCGAGGCUUUGGAGUGGGGGCUCCCAGCGACGGGAGGAUGGGGAUGUGGUAUUGAUCGCCUGGUGAUGCUAUUCACGGGUGCGAAGCGUAUUAGCGAUGUGUUGGCCUUUGGAAACUUGAGGACUGUUACGAGACGGCCUGGAAAUGAUGCAUAG